AUGCUUUUCCAGAACAUCCUUUUUACAAAGGGACGUUCAGAUUACUACGAAUCGCUGCAAGACCAUCUGGGUCACAUUAGUGAAGCUCGUUUGGCGAUAGAUGAACUACGCGCGGAACAUAGUCGUCGACAACAGGAACGACUCGCCGAAGAACAGAGACAGCGACAAGCGCAGAUGAAACAGACGUUGGAAAUGAUGCGUAUGAAAAAGCAUGUGAUGUUAAUGGAGCAGCGCAAUGUUGCUUUACAACGAUUCCAGCACCAGGAAAUGCAAGCAAGGCGAGGGCAGAUGGCACCAGGCGCCUACUAUCCUAACUAUGGGCCACAACAGCCAGCACCGCCUCAAGCUGGAUAUCCAGCUAACUAUGGCAUGCCUGCUUAUCAGGGUUAUGCUCAACAGCAGUUUGCUCAGCCUCACACGGGGUAUCAACAGUAUCCUAAUGCUGCGAUCCCAGCUGCAAACCAAUGGCCCGAUCCAGCAAUGCAAGUUCAGCAAACUUCCUACUCGGCUCCUGCUUCCCAUGCGCAACAACAGCCACCCCUUACAAAUGGAUCCCAGGUGCCCCAACAACCACAGGCUCAUCCUCAGCAAGGUUACUACGCACCCGUCCCAACAUCGGCUCAGGCACCAUAUCAACAGCAACCGAUAGAUGCAGCGCAACAACCACCGCCAUCACAAAAUGCUGCUCCUGUGCCAUACGUGAACAACACACCCCAACAACAGAUGCAAAUGCAGCAAUAUCCAGUGAAUCCUCAUGCCGGUUACCAUAUACAACAUCCCGUAAACGGCACGGAGAACGCUGCUCCUGCUCAACAGGAAAUCGCUGAGCAGCCUCUUAUUUCCUUUGACUGA